GCCCGGCAUAGUAGUGUCUCUCCUAUCGCAGCACUUGAUCUACAUCCUAGCUGCUAAGAGACGGACGGCCGUAGUGAUGGCGAGAAUGUUUGUCUUGGUCCCGCCAGCAGAACCGGGGCUACCCCAUUGAACCACCAAGCCGCGGUGUGGAGUGGAGCAAAGGCAUAUAAAGCCAUCUUGAGUCGCCUCGUAGAUCACCACCACGAUCAAACAUCUCCUUCGCUUCCUACAACAAGCAACUCAUAUUCAAGAUGGUCUCUUUCACCUCGCUCGUCACCGCUGCCAUUGCGGCCACUGGCGUUUUCGCUGCUCCCGCCACUGAUGUAGCUGCUCGUUCGUCUGGCGAUCUCGUCGCCCGCCAGAGCACUCCCAACGCUGAGGGAACGCACAACGGCUGCUUCUACUCUUGGUGGACUGAUGGUGGAUCUCGCGUCACAUACACCAACGGUGCUGGCGGCAGCUACAGCGUCAACUGGGGAAGCGGUGGCAACUUCGUCGGUGGAAAGGGAUGGAACCCUGGAUCCGCCCGCACCAUCACCUACUCGGGCUCCUACAACCCCAACGGCAACUCCUACCUUGCCAUCUACGGCUGGACUCGUAACCCGCUCGUCGAGUACUACGUCGUUGAGAACUUCGGAACUUACGACCCAUCUUCCCAAGCCCAGAACAAGGGUACGCUGACCGCUGAUGGCUCUUCCUACAAGAUCGCCCAGUCGACCCGUACCAACCAGCCAUCCAUCGAUGGAACUAGGACCUUUCAGCAGUACUGGUCUGUUCGCCAGAACAAGCGUUCCAGCGGAUCUGUCAACAUGAAGACUCACUUUGACGCCUGGGCCAGCAAGGGCAUGACCCUUGGUAGCCACUACUACCAGAUCGUCGCCACUGAGGGUUACUUCUCCACUGGCUCCGCUUCCAUCACCGUCAACUGCCCGUAAGCUUGUCGUUGCGGAAAGACCCGACUUCCUGAGGCGGUGACGCAGAUGUUGUGAAGGUGUGAAGGUGUAAGGGUGUGAUGAUGUCCAAGAUCGUUCACUUCGCUGGCGGCUUCUUUACUGUAAAUAUUAUCUUACGCUGGCCUGCCAGCACAAAAAUGUCAAACUUUUGCCAUUCCCCA